AUGGCCUCCGCGGGCCCCUCCAGCGGCUCUAUCAACGAGCUUGCGUCCAGACUCUACGAUGAAUGCUUGAAGAAAUUCCCGCCUGAUCAUCUCUUCUACCAACAGGAUCUGCUGGGUCUGGGUGUUGUUGAGAAGAAUAACCUCGCCCUUCUGCUGCAGUGCACCCAGUCGCUUGUUGAUCAGAAACUCUUCCGUCUUUUGCAGGGCAAAAAUGAUCGACUGGCAUGGAAGAUUAUUUCUCGGGAGGACGCCGAGAAGCUUCAAAAUCUCAGUCCCGACGAAAGUUUAGUGUACAAUGUCAUCCACUCGACAGGACGGAACGGCAUCUGGGUCCGUCAGAUAGUAACUCGCACUGGUCUACACAAAUCGAUCCUGGAUCGCUGCCUCAAGUCGCUUGAAGGGAAAAACUACAUCAAGAGCGUUCACAAUGUCAAGUUCCCCAGUCGGAAGAUGUAUAUGCUGGCGGGCCUGGCGCCAAGCGAGGACGUUACCGGUGGUGCCUGGUUCACCGAUGGAGUGCUGGACGCGAACUUCAUCAGUACCGUUGCUGGUUUUAUUGAGUACACCGUCAGCCGGAAGAGUUGGUACGAGGUUCCCGCCGCCGACGCCCAGCGCAACAAGCGUUUGAAAACCGUCAACGGCCAUGCCGCUGUGAAAUCGGAGCCAGGAGAGAAGAGAUAUCUUCCGUUCCCUGCUGGCUACCAGGGCUAUCCGACUGUUGGGAUGAUCACCGCGGCCGUCAACGAGAGUGGGAUUACCCCCGUGCGGCUGGGAGAAGAGAGUAUUGUACAGUUGCUGGAAAUGCUUUGCUACGACAACAAGUUGGUUGCGCUGAACAAUGGGGAAUUGUACAAGUCAGUCAAGAACCCCGCGACCGUGAAAUUGGACAAGAGCCGGAAACCGGAGGGCGAUGAGGCAGAGGUUGGGGAUAGCCUGGUCAAGAAUGGCAUGACGGAAGCGCCCUGCGGGCAAUGUCCUGUCUUCAAGCUCUGUGCCCCCGGCGGCGCCGUGAGCCCAGAGAGCUGCGAGUAUUUUGACCCUUGGCUGGACAAGGCGCUGGCCUUCUAG